AUGGAAGUAGAUGAACGGGGUUGCGCUUCCGAGGCUAGGAAAGGCUCGUGCUCCAAACGAGUGGAGAAGGGUCUCCGAAUUCCAAUUCUCCGUCUUCCGAGCCGCGGCGACCCUGACUUCUUCGCCAAGUGCAACGCGCCUUGGCCUUCACACCCGACCCUCCGCACCCUCACCUUGCUUCCGCAUCCUCUUCUGCCCUCGCAGCUUCGAGCCAUGAGCAGCACAGAGCUCGCUGCAGAGCGGCUCCGGCAGUGCAUCUCCGAGCUCUCGACACCUUUGCUCGCUGCCUUGUCCGAACUUCGAUCCACACAGCCACAGCAGAUCCUUGUUCCGUUCAAGCAGGUUCGUGACCGCCUAGGGCCUCUUGUGGAUCAGGAAAACAUCAAGCAAGCUUUCGGUCUCGUGGAGAAUCUCUCGGCCGCCGACAAGGAUGGACCAGAAGUGCGGGUGCGCAACCUCUGCCUGGAGAUCAGCAACAACGAGCUCCGCAAACUUGUCCUCGAAUCAACACCAGACCUCACCGGGAACAGCACAGACGAGCCAAAAUCUCAGACAUCGCUCGAAGCCGCCUUUGACCGCCUUGAUGCUGUCCUAGUGCUCUCGCUGCACGAUUUGAUAGAUCCAACCUUGCCGCUCUCCUUGGUAGAAGAGCUUCUUGAAGGGCUUCCGAUAUCGACCUGCUCGCAACUGUUUGCUUACACCGAAUCUCGAGUCAAGCCGCUCACCGUAGACCUGCAUCCGACAAGAGGCAAAGGGCUUGUGCUCUUGCGCACAUGCAACGAGCUUCUCAGGCGAUUGUCCAAGCCUUCGCAGCAUCACACUGUCUUUGCAGGUCGUGUCCUCAGCUUGCUCGCAGCCGUCUUCCCUCUCGGCGAAAGGAGUGGUGUCAACCUCCGCGGCGACUUCAACGUGGAGAACAAGACUCACAUCGAGGAGAAUGACGGCCAAGCCGCCGAAGAAGCCAACAUCGAUGCGGAUAGAGACGAAAGAGACGAGAUCUUCAAGGUAGAUUACGACUUUUACGAACUGUUCUGGAAGAUGCAACGCUUCUUCUCCGACCCGCCAUUGCUGAUGGGAGCGUCUGAGUCUUCCAGACCAUCCACCAGAAGCGCAACACCCGCGCUGCACACCGAGGCGGCGGACACCGACAACGUUCAAGCGGAUGACGAUCCUGCUCCUGAUGGUGCAAAGGGACCCAUGGCAGAGCUCAGGAUUAGCACCCGCAAGAUCCUCAAGCUCUUUGCUGCCGUCAAUAAGCGAGAGAAGGAGCUGGCAGGCGCCGCCCUGGCUGAAGAGGCCAAGUCGGGCGAAAACAAGGGCAACAACGCAUCGCAAGCCAAUUCCACCAGGAGCACUCCUUCGCUCAACAAGAGGCGCGCAGAUGGUCGCGGCUAUGCUUCCGCCACGGGCUUCUAUGUCGGCCAAUUCAUCGGGAAGGACGAUGCGCCACCCCCCGCUAAGCGACUUCGUCCUGACGUCGUGGAUGGUGUCAAGAUGGAUGGCCGCGACGCCCCUGACACGCCCAUGGACGACGAGGAUGACGCGGAAAGCGAGGCAGCACACGCGGAAAGCGAACACUUCUUUCCGACCUACCUUACCGGCCGCAAGCUCUUCGAGUACGAGAUCCGGGACACCUCAUUCCGCAAGCACAUCCUCGUCCAAUAUCUGGUCCUCUUCCAGUACUUGCUUUCCUUCACACCUACUGCCAAGGAGAGCUGGAAGGACUGGAAGAACAAGACGCUGCAGGCCCUCUUCACGCUGGAGGACGUCGACGAGCGCUGGAUUCGAUCCACGUGGCGCGAGAUAUUGAUCCUGAUUCGCGAUAUUCAGCCGCACGGAAGACUCUUCCUCGAGUCGGUACUCGAGGUGCUCAAGCGCGAAGCCAAUUGGAUCCGAUGGAAGACCGAGUCCUGUCCUUCGAUCGAAAAGCCGCCGCUCUCGCCAGAACAGAUCUCAGCCUUUGCCUCUGCGAGGGCGUUGCUGUUGCGUAAGCCUGAGCCGUAUCCACACAAGCUCGGCACUGCGGCACUCUCGGAGCUCUGGCUCGACGGUCUUCGUCCGCCGGUCGCUGGCACGAGGAGGGUGGAGAAUGAGUUGGGCGAGUACAUCUCUGUUCCAACGGACGGCCUAGAGGAACUCGAGUUCUUGCCGCCAAUCCCCAGCGUGGAACACUACAACAAGUCGAUCCAGCGCGAAAAGAUGAAGCUCGACUUGCGCAAGAAGCAGCUCGGCAUCGACACCGCGAUCAGCGAGGCGCAGCUCAGCAAGGAGGACCGGGAGAAGCUGGACAAGGAUGAACGCAUCCAGGCGACCAUUGAGACGAUGCAGAGUCUCGCCUGGAGGGCCUUGCGAGUCGCAAGCCGUGAUCACCUGCAUCUGUUCGGCAAGCCGGAACGACCCGAACACAUCGAAGGCCUACUUGAGGCGAUUGAGACGGAACGGAAUCCGAAGCCCAAGUCUGUAGCUCCGGUCGAGACGCAAGCAACGGAAGAGGGCGCUGUCCAAGCUCAAGGGCCACAAGAGGCGGAGAAAGCUGCCGAGCAAGGUGCGGAGCUAGUGCAAGCUGACACUGCGGAUGGACCAGCGGACGCCGGUGUGACACGGACGAACGAGGAAAUCAACCCCGACAGCGCUGCCGUGGGAUCUUCGGCUGAGUCGAAAGAGCAGGCAGCAUCCCAUCAGGAUGGAGCCGCUCAGGAUGAAUCGAUUGUCCCUGUAAUGAUUCCCGCAGUUCCGGCCUCCCCUGCAGCGCUGACGCCUUCGGCUGACGCCAAGAAGACCACAGAGACGCCAGACGUGGAGGCAGCCACAGCGCCUGCCACCACGGCUGAGCAAGACGUCGAGAUGGCAGAGGCAACAUCGUGA